ACAUCCGUCGCGCUUUACGGUGAAACGCGCGACACAGGCCCGCGUCCGCCACCGUAAACCGACACACACAGCGGAUCGUUCGCGUCUCGCAUGAGGCACACGAGCAGCCAAACCCUUCCAGCGGAAACCGACGAGUGUUUCAUGACAGCGAUCGAGAAGAAAGCGAGGAGAAUCCAGGAAUAACGCGCGACUCCGGAGCGACAUUAUAUUCAUUCCGAGGGUUUGUGCUGAAGAAAACUAUGAAGUCCUCUACUUGCAGCACCUGAAAGAGAUUUACAUAAUCAAGACAUGAUGGACGAGCCGUACAAAGAUUCUGUAGCCAUAGACAUGGCAAACCCUCAGGAAGAGGUCUGCAAUGGUGGAUCAGCCACAACUGAUGCAGUUGGGAAACUGGAAGGGGAAACCACUCCAAUUAUUUCACCCGAGACAUGGAAUGUCAGCUCUCCAACCAUCACAAAGCAAUCCCUGUCGCCCCUGCUAACGAUACAAGCCACCCCAGUGGUGACCCCGGCUGCUGAGUCUCCCAACGGUGUUGCCCUGAAGGUUGCUACAACUGUGCUCCAGCCAAUCUGCUUGGGGGAGAGUCCAGUAGUAUUGCCAAUCCUUGCUGGACCAGCUGCCCCUCAAGUCGGACAAUCAGGGGCCACUUCUUACCUGAUGACUAGCCAGGGUCCUGUGUCCCUACCUCUGGUCUUGGAACAACAAGUCCUCCAACAUUUGAAUCAUCAAUUGCUUCAACAAACGGCAACUUGUCCUGCCCUGCCGCUACAGAACAGCAUCCUGUGCCAGAACCCUUCUCUUGCUCUUGGAGCACCUCCAGUCCUGGACCAGAAAGGCACAAGUCCAGUGUUAGAUACUAGUCUACUGACUCUUCUUCAGAACCCUAACUUUGCAGCCAUCCUGCAGGACCUCUUUCCUGGCCAGGGCAACUCUUCUCCUACUUGCCACCCAGCAUCUUCCCCGCAAAUUGACCUUGCCUCUGCGUUCCUCCCUCCUCUGCCUCUCUCGCACCCCUACAGCUCUCCACUAGCCCCUCUGGUGCCUCCAGCCACCUUGCUCGUCCCCUAUCCCGUUGUGAUCCCACUUCCAGUGCCUCUUCCAAUCCCAGUGCCAAUCCCAGUCCCGGUCUCCACUUGCAAGGACUCCAAGGUAGAGGUAGACGUCCCUAAACCGGCUUGUACUUCAAGCAAAAGCACACAGACUUCACCAAGUGACAUCUCCCCUCAUUUGACAUUUACCAGCAAGGAAAUGGCACUAGUCCAACAGUCUCUUCGCUCUUGCUCGUCCCCUGUAGUGACAGACGGAGAAGCGCUAGAUUUAUCCAUAAGGGCACCUCAACCUUUAGUGCAUGUUGAUGUGUCACAAGGGAUCCAGCCAUUUCAGCAAGACAAUGUCCUUGAUUUGUCUAUACCUAGUAAAAGAAAGACAUGCAUCAAGACUUGUAGCACAUAUGGGUCGCUGGCCCCGGAGCGGGAGAGGGUGUGCCACCUGGGGGACAAUGUAAACAGUGGGGCUUUGGCUCUUGGGGUUCUCCGGCCAGUAGACUGCACACCGAAGCUAGACACCAAGCUGCUAAGUGGUUUAGCAUCUCUAGAGUUCAGCAGACAGCACAAGUGGGUGGUAGAUAGCGGUCAUGGUAGGACAGUGGCUGGGGCGGUACAUGACUCUGCACUCACCGGAAGUGGUAACAUCGAGAUCGUCAGCACGUCGCAGACAGCCAAAGUCAUUGUGUCGGUCAAAGAUGCCAUGCCUGCCAUUUUCUGCAGCAAGCUCAAAGGAUUAUCAGGCGUUUCUACAAAAAACUUUUCCAUCAAACGUGAUGCCAGUCAAGGGGGCUUUGCCGCACUUCCCAGGGUCCCAGGGGAUCAGCGAGGAGAAUCCAGUGACCCGCUCAAAAAGAUCUCUAAAAACAGAGGCAUAAAACUGAAGAAAGUAAGCUCCCAGGAGAUUCAUAUACUGCCCAUAAAGAAGCAGCGACUGGCUGCAUUUCUGCCCAGAAAAUAACUCAUGCUCUCUUGCUUUCAGAGUGAGAAGGGAAAACCAAGGACAUGAGUAAUGAAACGGCUACUGAGGUGUAGCUAGGUAAAUAACUACUUUAAAAAAAGCUGGUCUGAGAAAUUUAACCAGGGUAUGAUGGUGAUAUAUGCAUUCAUGGCAGAAAUAAAGCCUAAACCUUGUUCUCCAAGCUGUUCAAAUGAUUUAGACUGAUGCUGGCCGCCUCUGGUCUUACGGUUGGCAUUUGAUCCAUUCAUUAUAAAGGAAUCAGACGAAGUCGACAGGAAAAUGCUCCAAGUAUAAAAGAACCAAUCUGAACUGCCUAAACUGCACUACUACUGAUAUUUUUUAGCAUUAACGCCAGAAUCAAUUCCCUUCCUAUGCAUUUUGAUUUCGGUCACACAUCCUCAUGAAUGAUUCAUCAUGCGUAAUCUGCAUUGUCAUUAAUAUGCAUGAGAUCUGAUUUGAAACCUGGCCAGCUGUCAGUGAGAAACGCAACGUGUAGCACUGACAAAUUCUCCUCUCGCUAAUGUGCUGAAUUCUUGCUCUCCUCUCACUGUUUACAUUUGGAGUGCAAGACGUUUCCCAUUUUUGGUCCUAAUGAACUGUAGAAGGGAACCGUGAACUUUUGCUUCCCUAAUCACUGUAUUAAUCAGUGGGGCAUUGGAGCGGAGCAUCCUCUUUGAAGAACAGGAGGGGUAAGCAGUUAGCAUGGCAGCCUGAUAAUGACUUGGCAAAGCCCAGAUCUCGGUUUCAUUAAGUCUGAUGAUUGGAGGAAAUGGUUGUCAGUAGCAACAAAGCAUAGUUUUCAUCAUCCUCCCUUUGGGGGGCAAAAAGCCUCCCUUCACCCGCCCCAAACCAAAUUAAAACUAAAUAAUCAUUGGGGGUUUGUCCCUAAUGACAACAAAUCUGAGUGAAUUGGCUUAUAAAUGCUGUUUUUAUGGCCGUGGGUUCCACUCGGAGUAAUUUUUUUUAAGGUUAUAGUCAGCCAGCUGUGUGAACACACAAGAAGAGUUUCACUUGCAACAGUGUACAGAUUAUAAUGAUCGUAAUAUACCUUCAGUGUUUUAGAUGGUGAAUUGCCGACAAUGGACGUGAAGAGUUCAAAUUUAAACAACUAUCCCUCAGCAAGCAUUAAGAUCAGUUUUCCUUCUCGGGUGAGCCUGGUUUUCUUUAUACAUGUUACUUGUCAUGUUGUGCAAAAUUCAUCGGUGUAUGUUAUUCCUUGUUUUUUUUAUCUUUGAUGAAAAUGAAGAACUUGGGUGAUGUCAGCAAAGUUGCACAAGCAAUUGGCUAAUAUUAAGGCUAUUUAGUCGAUGUUUUAAGCUACUGUUGCAGUCUUGCAAAUAGGUAAUGCAGAAAAUUUAAUGCCAAGUUUCAUUACAGGAUAAAAGGUUACGGCGAUAAUGAUAGAAUUAGUGGUGUUACCAUUUGAAUAUGUGGAGAUGUUCGAGGGUGAACUUGACCUUCAGUCCCAGUCAAAACACCUCUUCAAAAGUGUGUGCUGGUGAUUUUUACAAUCCAUUGCAAACUCCCCUUUAGGUAUGGCCUCAUUCCCCUGCUUUUCAUGAUCAAAUACAUUUCUGAUGGAUAAAAUUAAGUGCCACUUUUUCUAACUUUAAACCAUUCAUUAAGAGUUUUAAUGUGGAUUAUGAAUGUUGCUUUAUGGCACAAAAUCUGUGUUUUGUUGCUUUCAUGUGGCUGGUGGUUUGAUUGAUAGCAUGAGGGCGUGUAUUGAACCACAGGUUUCCACCCUCUCAUUAACCUACUGAUCAUCCCAGUUUAGUAAUCAACUUAUUAAAACCGUGCUACAGCUGACAGACUCCACAUCACAAACUCAACGCUGAAUCAGUCAAAUUAGCCCCAUAAGCGCAUAUAUAAAACCCAUUUUAUUGAAGAUUUUUCAAAUUGUGAUAUUUUCAUGACUACUAAACAAAUUUCUCUCUCAUUAUUAUGUGUGUCUAGAUGGUUAUAAUAUAUAAAUCCUUUACAAUUUUAAUUUUUACUUUUUUGUGCAUUUUUAAUAGUAAGAAUUUGGAUGGAAAAUGGUGUUUAUGAUAAAAUAUCACAAUGCAAAAAAAUUCUGAUUGGACUGAAUUCUAUUCAUUUUCUUAAAGCAAAAUCUAAUUUCUUUUAGAUCUUUUCAUUUUUGGGUGCAGUAUGACUUGCUGCCACGUUCUUGACCAUUUUUGUGAACUUUACCCAAAAUCUCCUUUUAAACAACAGGAUUAAAGUCAGUAAAUCAAAUUUAAUUCUAUAUAAGGUGUUAUAUUUCAUACUUCAUGCAAGUUCACCCCAACCGUAAGAUCAUCUCCACAGCCAAACCAACAGGAGUCUCAUUUGGUCACACGUGAAGAUUCUGUGUAACAUAAUUUUUUGUUUUUACUAAGUCAGUACCAAAAUGGUGCAGUGGCUCAGAAGAGAAAGAGACUUGUCCUUUAUUCCACGUUCAACAGAAUCAAAAAGAGCUUCUAGACACACCAUCAGUAGUGUCCACAGAAAGAAAGAUGAAAGCAAGGCAGGAUUUAUUUGACAUGUCAGUAUGAAAUGUGCCGUCUCGUGUUUGCGUGUUUGCUUAUUGGAAUUCUUGCGGAAGGAAAACCAGGAAGGCGUCUUUUAUAGUUUACAUUGAGCCAGGAAAGGUUUUCAUGUAGAACUCUAUGAACUUUCUCAAACUAUCAGCUUGACAGAUUUCCUGCAUUUUCAGAGUGCACUCAAGUAUUGGGUUUUAGAGUUCACACCAAAUACAUCUGAUGAACUGCUGUGCAAUUUUUUUUUUUUUUUUAUGUCAGCUCUGAAGUGUGUUUUUAAACUCUAAACCCUUGUCCUUCCUGAGUUUUUGUCUUGUUUUCCAGUACAAAUAUCUAAACUUUCAUAAAUCAAGAUGUAUUCAGUGGAUAAGAUAUAUAUAGUGACCAGUUAAGAAAAAUAAACUUGUUCUCCUUUUAAAUAGGUUUAUUUUUCUUAACCCACUGGUUGAUGUUUUUUUCUUGGUUUAAGCAAAAAGUCACAAACUUUUUCAGAACACAAAUUCAAUGCAUCUUAAUUUAAGAAUGUUAUCAUUUGUCAUAUUUUGCAGUGUAAAUCAUUUUCCAGCAUGUGAUACACUAUAUAUUCUCACUCUUCUCAGAUCUACACGAAAAACAGUCAGCAUGAACACCAGAUGAAGUUUAUGAAUAAACCAUGACCGUUUCUAUGAUGUGAAUUAAUUUGUGUCAGACGACCCUCUAACUCUUUUAUAGGUCCAGAAAUUCUAAGUAUUUAAGUAUGAGUUUGUUUUUUUUAUCAUGAAGAGCUUUUGUAAACAACCGAAUGGGUAAAAGAAUGAAACAGAGCCUGGUGAUGUUUUAAAUUAUUUAUUUAUUAUUUGUAUCGUUGAAAAUGUGUACGUGACGAAUUGCAUUAGCUUUAAAAAGUUCAUGAUUAAAAACGUCUCUGGUAUCAAGAUCGAAGCAUGUGUGUGUGUUUUCAUAACAAGUAUUGAUAUUCAAUUAUUGAUGAAUCUAUAUGGCACAACAUUACGAAUACAUGUGAUUUUUUUUUUUUUUUUUUUUUUUUUCAAAAAGUUCGACAAAGGAACCGAAAA